CGGGUCCAUGGUGAGGACCCCGCAGGGCUGAGCUGAUGGACGGCUGAGGACGAAGGAGGCCACACACGGACGCUCUGAGAGGGAAGGGCGUGGCCUGGGCACCCUCACCUGCAAGGGGCGCCUCAGGAAGACAGCGGGUCUCUUUGCUGAUCUGUCACGGAAACGAGAGCCAGGCUCUCAAGAAGGGGCAGUUCCCCUUCCCGUGGGGCUGCUGACGUGACAGCCCCGUGACGGGGAGGACCAGCCUCUGAGCAGACACACCCUGUGGGUCUCCGUGCUGAGGGCACUGUAUCUCCUGCAUCUGCACAGCCGGGACCACAGGGAGGAGGCGCCAUGACCCCCACCCUCACGGCCCUGCUGUGUCUCGGGCUGAGUGUGGGCGUGAGGACCCAGGUGCAGGCAGGGACCCGCCCCAAACCCACCAUCUGGGCUGAGCCAGGCUCUGUGAUCCCCUGGAAUAGCCCUGUGACCAUCUGGUGUCAGGGGACCCUGGGGGCCCAGGUGUUCCAACUGUAUUCAGAGGGAACCACAGAGCCUUGGGACAGACAGCCCCCACUGGAGCAAGGGGACAAGGCCAAGUUCUCCAUCCCACACAUGGCAGAGCACUACACAGGGAGACACCACUGUGACUAUUUAAGCCCCACUGGCUGGUCAGAGCGCAGUGACCCCCUGGAGCUGGUGAUGACAGGAGCCUACAGCAAACCCAGCCUCUCAGCCCUGCCGAGCCCCGUGGUGACCUCAGGAGGGAACGUGACCCUCCGGUGUGGCUCACAGGAGGGAUUUGACAGGUUCAUCCUGACUAAGGAAGGGGAAGACAAGCCCUCCGGGGCCCUGGAUGCACAGCCACAGCCCAGUGGGCAGACCCAGGCCCUGUUCCCUGUGGGCCCCGUGCCCCCCAGCCCCAGGUGGACGUUCAGAUGCUACGGCUGCUACAGGAGCAAACCCCAGGUGUGCUCAUCCCUCAGUGACCCCCUGGAGCUCCUGGUCUCAGGUGUGUCUGGGAAGCCCUCCCUCCUCACCCCGCAGGGCCCUGUUGUGACCUUGGGACAGAACCUGACCCUCCAGUGUCGCUCUGAUAUCAGCUAUGACAGAUUCACUCUGUCCAAGGAUGGGGGACAGGACCUCCCCCAGCGCCCUGGCCGGCAGCCCCAGGCUGGGCUCUCUCAAGCCGACUUCCCCCUGGGCCGGGUGAGCGGCCUCCAUGGGGGGCAGUACAGAUGCUACGGGGGACACAACCUCUCCUCUGAGUGGUCGGCCCCCAGCGACCCCCUGGACAUCCUGGUGGCAGGACAGCUCCCUGACACACCCUCCUUCUCGGCGCAGCCGGGCCCCAUGGUGGCCUCAGGAGAGAACGUGACCCUGCUGUGUCAGUCAUGGAGUCCGAUGGACACCUUCCUUCUGUCCAAGGAGGGGGCAGCCCAUCCCCCACUGCAUCUGAGAUCGAAGUACAGAGGUCAGCAGUACCAGGCCGAAUUCCCCCUGAGUUCUGUGACCUCAGCCCACGGGGGGACCUACAGGUGCUACAGCUCACUCAGCAGUGACCCCUACCUGCUGUCACAGCCCAGUGACCCCCUGGAGCUCCUGGUCUCAGGAGCAGCUGACACCACCCACCCAUCACAAAACAUGUCAGACCCCACAAGUGGCUCACACCCCCAGGACUACACAGUGGGGAAUCUCAUCCGAAUGGGCGUGGCUGCCUUGAUCCUGGUGGGCCUCGGGAUCCUGCUGUUUCAGGCUCGACACGACCUUGGAGGAGCCCAACGCGGCCAGGAGGUUUACAGGAACACUGUGACCAGACCUAUGGGGACAGCUGCAAGAACAAAGGAUUCCGGCACCAAGAAGUUUGCAACAACCAGCCACAUCCCCUCCUCUUUUAGUAUAAAAGCCUGAAUUCUAACUCGGGUUAGGUGGCUCUUUGGGACACCAUCUUCUCUGUCUGCUGACUUUCUGAAUAAAGUUGCUAUUCCUUGCCCCAACACCACGUCUCUCUGUCCUGUGACAAGCAGUAUGAGCUUGGACUUGGUAACAAGUUCAUGAGAAAAUUGGCAGAGGUGUUAUUCAUUUUAGACAAAAACCAUAGAUAACAAUCUCACAAUUAAUAUCUGUGGUUUAUAUAUAUAUGCAAUGGAAUAUUAUAUGGCAGUAAAAAUGUACAAACUGAGAUUACAAACAGAAUACGGAUCAAUUUUGAAACGUGAUAUUAAAUAAAAGGAAAUGUUAAGAAGCAUGACUGUACGAUUGUCCCAUUACAUACACAAUGUCCGAAAGGACACAUGAUUUAUUAUUUAGGGAGGCAUAACUAAUGUUAACUCUAUACUAAAGAAAGAAAAUGAUUUCCAUGUGAUCCAUUAGGGUAGUGAGCUGUAUGGUGAUGCUGGAAGAUAAAGUUCAAGAUGGAAAACACAAGGUCUUCUGGAAAACUGGCAAUUUUUUAUUGAAUUUUUUUUGUUGCUUCAUAAUUAAUAUAUAAUAUGGU